CACACUGUCAGACUGGCCAGAGUCGUCCAGCUGCUGUGUGGAUGUGUGCCGCCCUCUGGACUUGGUGGGAGGGGGAGAAGUUUCCCCGAAGACGAGCCUGGAUCACUCAGAAAGACGAUGCCUUUCUCUUCCAGACGAGUCUCAGAAGCUGCUUUGUGGAUUUGCUGAUUUUCUCUACUAUUCUUUUCCAAGUUAUUCAGCGGGGUUGAGAAGAUAUUUUGAGCCAGAGGAUGCUCCCACAGGUCAUUUGGAUUCUGUAUGUCUUGUCUUUUUGCUUUUUCCAAGGAGGCUUCAUCAGACUGAGCUCCUGUAAGGAGGAGAUAAAGCCCCCCAGCAGGGCCGGACCACAGCUGUCACCUUCUGACUUCCUGGACAAGCUCAUGGGGAAAACAUCAGGAUACGAUGCUCGUAUUAGACCCAACUUCAAAGGCCCUCCUGUGAAUGUCACCUGCAAUAUUUUCAUCAACAGCUUUGGGUCGAUCACAGAAACCACUAUGGACUACAGGCUCAAUGUAUUUCUACGGCAAAAAUGGAAUGACCCUCGUCUGGCAUAUAGUGAAUACCCAGACGACUCCCUAGAUCUGGAUCCCUCCAUGCUGGACUCUAUUUGGAAGCCUGAUUUAUUCUUUGCAAACGAGAAAGGAGCCAAUUUCCAUGAGGUCACCACUGAUAACAAGUUGCUACGGAUUUUCCAAGAUGGCAGCGUUCUUUACAGCAUCAGGCUGACUCUAACCCUGUCUUGCCCUAUGGACUUGAAGAAUUUCCCAAUGGACAUUCAGACCUGUACCAUGCAGCUUGAAAGCUUCGGUUACACCAUGAAUGACUUGUUCUUUGAAUGGCUGGCUGAAAACCCUGUUCAAGUAGCUGAUGAUCUUACCCUCCCCCAGUUUGUGCUGAAGGAAGAAAAGGAUUUGGGCUACUGCACUAAGCACUACAAUACAGGUAAAUUUACCUGCAUUGAGGUGAAGUUCCACCUGGAACGGCAGAUGGGUUACUACUUGAUCCAGAUGUAUAUCCCUUCCCUCCUCAUUGUUAUCCUUUCAUGGGUGUCUUUCUGGAUAAAUAUGGAUGCUGCACCAGCCAGAGUUGGUCUGGGUAUCACUACCGUGCUGACAAUGACCACACAGAGCUCUGGGUCAAGAGCCUCACUGCCCAAGGUGUCCUAUGUGAAGGCUAUUGACAUAUGGAUGGCAGUGUGUCUUCUGUUUGUGUUCGCUGCUCUGCUGGAGUACGCAGCUGUUAACUUUGUCUCAAGGCAACAUAAGGAAUUCAUCAGGCUGAGGAAAAAGCAGCGGCAGCAGAGGAUAGAGGAGGAACUGAUGAGGGAGAGCCGCGGCUUUUACUUUCGGGGUUAUGGACUCGGUCAUUGCCUGCAGACCAAAGAUGGCACCGCUGUGGAAGGGGCCACAGUGUUCUCCCCACCUCCUCCAGUCACCAUGUUUGACGGUGAAGUUCUUCACAAGCGUUUUGUGGACCGGGCCAAACGGAUCGACACCAUAUCCAGAGCUGUUUUUCCGCUGAGCUUUCUCAUAUUCAACAUCUUUUACUGGGUCACCUAUAAAGUGUUGCGACAUGAAGACAUCCAUGCAAAUUUGUAAAAGCGCUCUUUGUCAGCAUUAAAUAUCCCCCCAGAACCAAAACUGCCUGUGUGAUCCACAAUAUAUUACAAUGAGGAAAUGUGUCAAGAGGCGUCACUGUUUAAAAUAAAAACUAUGUGCUCAGGUGCGUCUUCAGGAUCUCAGACAUACAGUGAUGAAGAGAAAAGACUAGGUUAAGCUACGCGCAGAGACUGAUGUUUGUGAUUGUUCUCACGUAUCCAUCUUGGUUUGAUUCGCCUGGAUCACAAGACAAAAAAAUGAUGACACUUGUGGGCUUUGUUUCAAGUGAUGGAUAAAAGAGUUCAGAAGCUGAUGUUGAUCCUGGCUGAAUGAGAUAUUCUGACUUGAAUUUUGACUCUACAAAGCUUUAAAUGAAUGUUUUUGACAAUUAAAAAAUACCUUUUUUUAAAACUACUUUAGAUUAUCAAAAGGGUACAGUUUUGUGUUGGGGGAGGAAGGGGUCUUGAAAAAUGUAUGAAUAUUCAAUAAUUGAUCAUUCAAUUUAGGUAUGUGUGACAAGAAAUUAUAUAGGUGUACAACAGUGUAUUAAAGUGUAUAUAAACAAUGCUGUUAAACUGCACAAAGCACAAAUGUGUAUUUCCUUUUGUCAAAAUUUAAAUAAAUUGAUA